UCCUCCCAGUCUCUAUAAAGAGAAGGCGGGCGCCGCGCUCAGUUGCAAUCUCCGCUCGGCGCAUCGGAUCCGUUUCCAUCGGAUUCUGCAGAAACUCCUGUGGUUCCCUCCCCGCGACAGCCAAAAUGGUGAAGCUGAUCGAGAGUAAGGAAGCUUUUCAGGAGGCCCUGGCCGCUGCAGGAGACAAGCUUGUAGUUGUGGACUUUUCUGCCACGUGGUGUGGACCUUGCAAAAUGAUCAAGCCCUUCUUUCAUUCCCUCUCUGAAAAGUAUGCCAGCGUGGUGUUCCUUGAAGUGGACGUGGAUGACUGCCAGGAUGUUGCUGCAGACUGUGAAGUCAAAUGCAUGCCAACUUUCCAGUUUUAUAAAAAGGGCCAAAAGGUGGGUGAAUUCUCUGGCGCUAACAAGGAAAAGCUUGAAGCCACAAUUACUGAAUUUGCCUAAUCAGGCCCUGAAAAAUGUAACCAGCUGUUUAAACUUGUAACUUUUUUAAUUUGAAAAAAAAAAAAAAUAAUAACUAUGAAGUGUGGAGAGUCUAUACCCAACUGCCAUCUGAUUAUAAAUGACAAUAAAAUAUUAAUUCUACCCUUUUUAAAA